AUGUCUAGAGUGGUGGAAGUAUUUGAGUACGAAGGUUGUUUUUCUUUCUUACACGAACCUCGCCGCUUCACAUUCAAAAUCUACAGCGAUCAUUAUCUUUACAUUGGCAUUGAUCCUGCGUGCAGUAAUCCUCAACGAGAAGCAAUUGAUUUGAGAACUUUCCCACAAGAAAAUUUGGUAGAAAACGACGACGUGCAAGCUGAGAGACGUCAUGUCACCCAACAUCUAGAUUCGGACAUUAACUCUACACCGCUUUAUCUCGUACAAGGUCGCGAAGAGAAUGAAGAUGCUAGAAACACUAAGUUGCUCGCAUAUGAUGGUCGAGCAUUGGUAGUGAUGCCUUCCGAUGGACACGAUGAGACGUGUUAUAUGGUACACUUCAAGCUUGUGCAGUGGGAACCAGGCACGCAAAUUGCAGAGACACAGAUUAUCAAGUGUAUCGCUCAAUUGUCUCGUAAACGAGGUUUGUCAGGACGAUUUGUUGAUAUUCAAGAAAGCAUGGAAGAAGCUCAGGACUUCACUCUGAAUCCAAUCGCACAUCGAUUUGAGACAUUGACAAACGUAUUGCAUCCACUCACUCCUGGCCAGUACGAAUUACGAGGCAUCACAAUAGCAGAAAACGCAGUUGUAUAUGAGUGUAUUGUACGUCUUACACUAUUUGCAGAUGGAAUGGUGUCUGGAACAUCUCGAGAGCUGACUUUUGCACAAGAAUGUCCAAUUUCAGGCAUGUGGACUCGAUUUGGUAUUACGUAUUUGUUAAAGUACGAGAUGCAUGGUAGCCAGCACUCAUACAUUUACUACACCACACCAUUCCAAUCCUGUCUGUAUGGCACGUGGGAGAACGCAAAAUUGCAGAUGUUAGGAAUCAGUAGUCAAGCUGAGCAUGGAAUUUUGGAGUUUCAAUUGGUUCACGCUGUUCGAGUUUGGAGCGAAGCGUAUCAUAAGGACUAUCCAAAGGUAUUUCAAGAGUGUGUAAAGCUAUUACUACUUGCCUCACUUCGGUCUGGGAUUCUGCCCAGUCACUUGUGGCACUUAAUUGUUGUGUAUUGUGGAUACGAUUGGUUUCGUAGAAUGUAA